ACGUGUUUGUCACCGACCAAGAGAGAAAGAGAGAGAACUUAUUCCCAAGCACUCCUGCCCUCUUAUCCCAGUCCUUCUGAGCUUUUCAGGGAUAAAGCACACACAUGCUCACACGUGAACAUAGGAAACUGGUUAGGAUGAGUAAUCUGAGAUAAACGAGCGAGGAAAGAGUGUGGGAAAGAACAAGAAACACAAGAGACCGCAUCACGCAGACAUUCCACAGCAGGGAGACGACACAGCGCACAUCUGGAGGAGAAAGGGGGAGGAAGGGACGGGCAGAGCUGCAUAAGAACGGAGCGAUUUAAAGAAAGCGUGCGUGUUUAUGUGAUGGCCUUGGAGGUCCACCGUCCAGCCUUACGAGAAGCAGUGACCCCCGACUCCGAGGAAGAGGUUUAGAGACUCCCGCCGCCCCAACGACCCCCAAGACACAAGAAUGAAUGGCGAUGUCCUCUAGCUAACCUCUUACAGCGUUCAUGCCGCUCUGCAUUUCUGCGUAGCGUGCACCUGUACCCGUGGAUGUUUCAGGAAUUCGGGCGCUCCGGAGGGUGUAUGGCCGUGCGCAGGCUGGUGGUGGUGGCGGCGGCGGUGGCCCUGCUUUCUCUGGUGCUCAACAACUUGGCGACAUUCAACUCCAGCUGGGUGCUGCAGGUGCUGGAGGACGGACGGCGGCGGAGUGUCGGACUCUGGAGAGCGUGUGCACACGAGGACACGCACACUCACGAGCCCACAGCCUGCCAGAGACUCAGCUGGGGAUCAGAGCUCGCGGGGUAUCAGGAGUCACGCAGCACUGUCAAACUUCAGUUUGACAUGAUGCGGGCAUGUAACCUGAUGGCUACGGUGGCUCUGACCGUGGGUCAGCUAAUCUUCCUGUUUGGGUUACUGGAGAUAAGCCACAUUACCCAGGAUUCUCAGUGGUGGGAGGAAGCCAUCGCUGCCCUGUUCCAGUUAGCCAGUUUUGUGCUGGUGAUCGGUCUGGUGACAUUCUACAGGAUCGGCCCCUACACUCACCUGUCCUACGCCUGCUAUGUUAACAUUGCUGCUUGCUUGUUUGCCACACUAGCGGCCGCCAUGCUAAUCUGGAAUAUUCUGCAUCGCCGUGAUGACUGCAUGUCUCCGUCGGUCAUCGUCAUCAGCCGAUCUCUGACCACACCCUUCAGGCCGCACCUAGACAAUGACUACGUAGAGUCGCCAUGCUGACACACAAAGACACAUCUCACCUGAGACAAAACACAGGGUGGAUAUUUAGACGGACGGACACAAAUUCACAUGGAGAGGAUUUCUAUCAUUUUAUGUGAAAUUGAUCUCCUGGACGGACUUCAUGCUUAAGGAUGAGGGCAGUGAUCCUGUGACCGCAGAAAGUGGUUUCGGACUGAAAGUAAGACUUUUGAAACUCAUUAAACAGAAGUAGGACUGUGGAUUGCAAAGAAUACAACUGACAGAUAAAGAUCAAGCUGGAUCUUGACACGUUUAUAUUCAUAACUGCACUUAAGAGAAAGUAGAAGCACAUUCAUAUGCACAUGUAUCUGUUAUAGUUCUAUGAAACAUGGAGCUUCAGAUUUCAAAAGGAGUCUAGGCAUUGAAUAUUGCUCACAGGUCAAUUGAAUCUAGUCCUUUACAGGCUGGCAUUGAAUCUGCACGUUUAUACAUGUUUUCUGCUAAUUGAAGGGAAAAAAAUUUCAGAUAGAUUUUAAUUAGGACAUUUCCAAAUGUCCAAUCACAUUUUACUUUUAUUUUAUUUUAUUCAUUUUUGGGUUUUUUUUUUGUUUUGCAUAAAGAAGCCAAGUCUAUUUUUAGAAACAUUGCAAUAUUUUGCAUUAUGACAUUACAUUUAUAACAAAUAAGCACAUUUGCCCCCAAAUUCUCAAUAUUAUGUGUUCAGAUGCUUUACUUUUGAGCUUUUUUGUAUUUUUUUUUUCAUUAAAAUAACCAUGAAUUAAAGCAGUAAAACAAAUAUACAAAACAUAAAACCGUGAAUUAAUGUAAUGAGAACUCUGGGGAAAAAAAUUGCUUAAUUGCCAUAAAAAUAUGUGUAAUUGCUUAUUUUUGUUUAAGCAACAAAUAAUUUAUUAUUAUUAUUAUUAUUAUUUUUAAUUGAAUAUGAGAAGGAACAAGAUAGAAAUCAUGGAGAAUUUUUCAGUAAUGCAAACUGUGGGGAAAUUUUGCUUUAUUACAAAGAAAAUUUGCUUAAUUGCUUCAUUUUGUUUACGCAAAAAUAUAAUUUUUAAUUUUUUGGUUUUAUUGUGGAGAGAUAUAUGACACCCAAAUAUGGUAAAAUGUGUUAAACAGAGCUGGGAGUAUUAUCAAAUUAAUCCAAAAUAAUCAUUCUAUGAAUAUGUGAAGGCGACAAGACGUAAAUCUGGAGUAGGGAUGCACGAUAUUAUCGGACUGAUAUCGGAAUCGGCCGAUAAUGGCUUUAAAUGUAAAU